GAAUAUAUUAACAAGUUUUAAGAGAGUAAAGUAGAGCGUACAGAAGAAGAUGAAGAUGAGAUGAAGACAAAGAUCGCGAGAGUGAAAGACGCGCUUAUCGAUAAGGCGCGUGGAGUAGAGCCGGCGGAUCAAGAGACCAAAGAAAGCAGCCUCUUUCACCGAUCAAGGUGCUGUAGUGUAGUGGUCAUCAUGAAUCGUUGUGGUUUCAAACAACAAUUCCGAUUCGACCUGGGUUCGAUUCCCAGCAGCGCCAUUGGCGUUGACUUGAUCAUCUUUUUUUAUUUUGCUAAAAACUUCCUUUGUUGGUGUGUUUUUGUUUUCUCUUUGUUUUGUUUUUGCUUUGAAUAUUAUAUUUAUUUACUUUUCUCUUAUAUCUUUAUAUCUAAUCUUUCUUUGUCCAUGGUUUAUGAGUUCGGUUGGCUCUCAUUAAUAGUAGCCGGAAUCUGCUCUACGAAUAUAUAUCCCGCCCUGGCGGAUAACUGAAACCACCACUACGCUCAUUAUGCACCCACCACAAUGACUGAUUAUAGAUUUACAUCAUU